AUGCUGGGCAGACGCGGGUACUGCAGGUACCGCUGUACCCCUCAGCCUGCUUCAGAGCGAUGGAUGUCAAACCUCGACCCAACCGGCACAUCUGAGCUUCUGGAGCUGCUGGAGCGCGAAGAGGCGCAGCAGCGGAAGGAGACAGCAGCACUGCUGGAUUUGCUGCAGCGGCAGCGCGGGGACAUAAGCGUGCUGCUGCAGCAGCAGCAGAAGCUGCAGCAGCAGCUGGAAGAAGUCCAGUGCACCUUAAUAGAGCAGCGGCAGCAAAACCAGCAGCUAAGGAGACAGCUAAUG